UCAGCAUUAUCUUUGAACAUUCCUCCAAUCUUUUUUUUUGAAAAAACAUUCCUCCAAUCUAACUUAGUCCAAAAAAAGCAAUAAUGGAUAACGAGAUAGCUGUCGACAACUCUCCAGCUUAUCGAGUCUACAAGAGUGGCCGCAUCGAGCGUCUCCUAGGAGAAACAUUCAAACCACCCUCCUCUCUAACCCCCGAAAACGGCGUCGUUUCCAAAGACACACUCUAUUCCCCGGAGCACAACCUCUCCGUCCGCAUAUUCCUCCCGGAGAAGAAAGACUCCGCCGCCGCCACCGACGGCGAAAAGCUACCGCUCCUCGUCUACUUCCACGGCGGCGGCUUCGUCAUCGAAACCGCGUUUUCUCCGACUUACCACGCCUUCCUCGUUUCAACCGUCGCCGCCGCCGGCUGCUUAGCCGUCUCCGUCGACUACCGCCGUGCGCCGGAGUUUCCGAUUCCGAUCCCGUACGAAGACUCGUGGGACGCUCUCAGAUGGGUGCUCUCUCAUAUCUCCGGAGCCGGACCGGCGCGGUGGAUAAACGAACACGCCGACUUCGGGAGAGUGUUCCUCGCCGGAGACAGCGCCGGCGGGAACAUCUCUCACCACCUAGCGAUGCGAGCGAAGAGAGAGGGUGUAGACUCGCUCAUCUCCGGUGUUAUCUUGAUCCACCCGUACUUCUGGGGGAAAGCUCCGGUGGACGAGUUGGAGACGAGAGACGAGGCCAAGAGGAGAAACGUUGAAGCGCGUUGGAGAGUCGCGAGUCCGAAUAGUGAAGAUGGAGUGGAUGAUCCGUUUUUUAACGUGGUCGGAUCCGAGUCGGUUGAUAUAUCCGGGUUGGGUUGCGGGCGGGUUCUGGUGGUGGUCGCGGGGGAUGACACGUUUGCGAGACAAGGUUUGGGUUACGUGGCGAAGCUGGAGAGGAGUGGGUGGGAAGGAGAGGUUGAGGUGAUGGAGAUUAAAGACGAAGGUCAUGUUCAUCAUUUGAAGGAUCCUGAUUCUUAUAAUGCUCGUAAAGUGGUGAACAAAGUUGCAGAGUUUAUUAGAAAGUAAGAUUAUCGUGGUAUUGAUUUUAUAUGAUGAUAACGAAUUAAAUUUGAUGCUUAUUCUCAGUUAGUAUUAAACUUAUGUUAAGUUCAACACAAGAGAAGAGACAGUUGAACAACACAA